AUGGAUGAUUUUUUCAUCGGAAUGGUGGAAAAUUCUAGCGACGACGACUGGACCGAAAAUAUUAUAAUAAACAACAAAGCUAUUGAAGUUAAACUUGACACUGGCGCACAGUGCAAUGUCAUGUCACGCAAUGUUUACAACAGCAUUGUUCAAAAUAACAUCGCUCAAAAUAACAUUUUCCCGAUUGUUGCAUCGAAUGCCAGAUUGUCAGUUGGAAAACAUCACAUUGAAGUAGAUCCUAAUAUAAAGCCAGUCAUUCAUCCACCAAGAAAAGUACCUGCUGCAUUGCGCCACAGAAUACUAAAGGAAUUGGAACGGAUGGUAGAUCUCGGGGUGAUUGAAAAACAGUCUGAGCCAACCAGUUGGGUAAACAGUAUGGUAACUGUCGUUAAACCCAACAAGUUAAGAAUAUGCAUUGAUCCUCGUGAUUUAAAUCGAGCCAUCCGACGUGAGCACUACCCACUGCCAACUGUUGAAGAGGUUGUAUCGCGACUUCCAAAGGCCCGGGUAUUUUCUACCCUUGAUGCCAGUUCUGGUUUCUGGCAAAUAGAGCUUGAUGAUAGCAGUUCCACAUUGUGCACCUUCAAUACUCCAUUUGGAAGGUAUCGCUUUAAGAGACUUCCAUUUGGCAUUUCGUCAGCUCCAGAGGUUUUCCAGAAAGUUAUGACAACACUGCUCGAAGGACUUGAUGGAGUUGAAUGCAUCGCAGAUGACAUUUUGGUAUGGGGGAAGGAUAUCAGCCAACAUAACCAACGCUUGAGGUCUGUCCUUGAUCGGUGUCAAGAAAGGAACUUGAAACUGAAUCGUGAGAAAUGUGAGAUCCAACGCACUCAGCUAACCUAUGUGGGUCACUUACUUACUGCUGAUGGUUUACAACCUGAUCCGGAGAAGAUACGUGCAAUCCAACAGAUGCCAGAACCAGCUGAUAAGCAAGCUGUUAUGAGAUUCAUGGAAAUCAGUGCACCAUUGCGAAGUCUUCUUGAAAGUAAGACAGAAUGGCAUUGGGGAGAGUCUCAGAAGAAGAGUUUCCAACAGCUGAAAUCUCUAGUUGCUUCAACACCAGUGCUGAAGUACUAUGAUGUCAAUUGUCCUGUAACAUUGUCGGUCGAUGCCAGUUCACAUGGCCUUGGUGCAGUGAUAAUGCAAGAUCAACAACCCAUUGCCUAUGCAUCAAGAGCCCUUACUAGUAAUCAGCAAAAAUAUGCUCAAAUUGAAAAAGAACUGCUUGCUGUAGUCUAUGGUUGCAGCAAGUUCCACCAGUACAUCUACGGCCAAACGGUAAAAGUGGAAACCGAUCAUAAACCACUUGAAGCCAUCUUUCGAAAGCCCUUGCACCAGACGCCACUUCGAUUGCAGAGAAUGUUGCUUCAGCUUCAACGUUACAGUCUGGAAGUAACCUACAAACCUGGCAAAGAAAUGUACCUCCCUGAUACAUUAAGCCGAGCGCAUUUAAAUGAAGAGAAAGAAAGUCUUCUUGAUGAAGAAUUAGAAGUUUGUCUUUUGGAUCUGGAACUGCCAAUUUCUCCAGAGAAACUAAAAGAAUUUCAAGAUGCCACAGAUCAAGACACAGCCUUACAGAACUUGAAGACCGUAAUAUUGAGCGGGUGGCCUAAUACGAGAAGUCAAGUACAUCCCGACAUUCGAGAGUUCUGGUCGUACCAAAAUGAGCUCACUUAUAUGCACCAGUUAUUGUUCAGAAAUCAGAAGUUAAUUGUUCCGAAGGUCCUGAGAGGUGAAAUGCUUAAAAGAAUACAUCAAGCUCAUUUGGGAAUCGUCAAAUGUAAGCAGAGAGCACGUGAAAUACUCUUUUGGCCCGGCAUGGGAAAUGAAAUCGAAGAAAUGGUUUCAAAGUGUCCAACUUGUAACGAAAACAGGAACAGUAACAUCAAACAGCCCUUGACUCCUCAUGAGAUACCAGACCGGCCAUGGGCAAAGAUAGGAGUUGAUUUAUUCGAGUUCAAGAACACUAACUAUCUUCUGUGUGUCGACUACUAUUCUAAAUUUCCAGAAGUAGCUAAGCUUCCGAGUUUAAAGAGUUCAGCAACCAUCACUGCAUUAAAGUCAAUUUUUGCCCGUCAUGGAAUACCGGAUGAGGUCGUCAGCGAUAAUGGACCACAGUUCGCAAGUGUUGAAUUCAAGAACUUUUCCGAAGUUUGGGAGUUUCUUCACAUCACUUCGAGCCCUGGGUAUCCUCAGUCCAAUGGACAGGUUGAAAGAACAGUCCAAACAGUAAAAAAAUUACUAAAGAAAGCUGAUGAAAGUGGCCAAGAUCCCUAUUUAUCAAUACUGGAAUACCGUAAUAGUCCUUUGGAUAGCUUUAAUAAAUCGCCAGCACAACUGCUUAUGAGUCGCAGAUUGAAGAGUCGUCUUCCGACCAUUACAUCAUUGUUACAGCCACAAAUCCAACAAAAUGUUGUGAAAAAAUUGCGAUCAAGUCAGCAAAUCCAAAAGAAAUACUAUGACAUUGGGUCAAGAGUUCUACCGCCCCUUCGCAAAGGAGAGGUUGCAAGAAUGCAAAGGAAAGGAAAGUGGGUACAAGUAACUGUCAUUGAGCAACAUGAUAGGGCACCACAAUCGUAUCUGGUACAGACUCAAGAUGGUCGAAUAUUCAGACGAAAUCGACGACACCUUUUAAAGACUAAUGAAAGGCAGUGUGACUCAUUCAAUGAGGACUCAGAAGAGGAUACCCCACAGACGGAACACGUACCAAUGCAGACAGAACAUUUACCAGUUGAAGAAGAGAAGCACGCAAAUACAGAAGGAAUCCAGAUCACGAGAUAUGGACGCAGAGUGCGUAAGCCACACCGUUACAGAGUGAAUCAAGAUUGA